AUGGGAAUUGGGAGUUUACCUCUAAAAUCUCUUUUUCCGCAUCCCGUGCAGUUGAAUCCCGGUGAUCUCUGCCUACUGAUCGCAAGUUCGUCUGGAUUUGAUUCAAGACAUCCAUUUGCUCGUCAUGCUGCUUAUCCCCGCGCUCUCGUUCUUUGUGUAGUUGUCGCUCCACAUCAUCCCGAUCGGCCUCGUUUCUGA